GUGUGCACUCACCUGCCAUCCAGCAGACUUUUUUAAUUAGUGUGUUCAAUUUUAUAAUUGCCACUUUUAUUAAGUUGGUGGUUUGGCAGCCUAUGUGGAAGACAAUCCCACUGUCCAAUUGCAUCUAACCACGGAGAGCAUGUAAAUGGCGUCAAAGCUUUGGUUUCUACACAAUUUGCACAUUCCACCGCCGGCAUCGUGUUCUCCUCGCCGCCAAAAUGUCCCAGCGGCCUCAGCAAUUAAUUCAGCUAAUACAAUACUUCAACAUCCGAAGUUAUUGUCGAACAUUGACAAAUACAUACCGCUGGAUUUCCCCAAGAGCUCGAGGAAGUUGAACCGCUCUGUUACUACUAUCAGAUCCCAAUUGAAUUUUCCCAUCAUUUCACCACAAGAUCAAUGGGGCACCUGGACCGCUCUCUUCGCUACCGGCGCUUUUGGCAUUUGGUCGGAGAAGACCAAGUUUGGGGGUGCACUAAGUGGUGCACUAGUAAGUACACUGGUUGGUCUUGCAGCAAGUAACUUGGGCAUUAUAGCUUGUGAAGCGCCUGCAUAUAAAAUUGUAACAGGAUUCUUGCUUCCACUUGCUGUUCCCUUGCUGUUGUUCAGAGCGGAUAUGCGUCGCGUACUACAGUCCACUGGAACACUGCUCUUGUCGUUUUUGCUUGGAUCAG